CCAAUCCAACACCAAAUGUUUAAUUACUAGUUUACUACUACCCCCCACCAGGCCACGUUUUCAACAUUCAACAUUCACCAUCACCAAACCAUUAUAUAGAUUCAGUCAACAAAGCAUCGCUGAUUUCAUUUUCAUUCCUUCACUUGCCUCCACGUGAAAUUCCCAACUACCCAUUUAUUGUCGACGGAUUCUCCAACCAAAAAAACCCCAAAUCUAUUGAUUUUCUACGUCCUUUGCUUCUGGGUCUGGGUCUAGAUCGUAUCCAUGGCGAUCUCCAAGCUCCAUGCCCUCCUAUUUCCAUUCCUUUUUGCCCUAAUUCUCACUCAGAUUAGAGCCGAUGACGUCGUUGAUGGUGUGUCAGUCGGAUCCGAUGAUUCUCAUGCAUUUCGGAUCGAAUUGGAUAAGCUCACCUCAAAGAUCCAAUCACUUGAAUCACUUGUUCACAAGAAGACUGAAGAAUUAAAAAGCAAAGACGAGAUCAUUGCUGGGAAAGAAAAGGCAAUCGCAGAGAAAGAACAUACGAUUAAUGAGAAGACAGAUAGCAUUACUUCUUUGCGAAGUGAAGUGGCUUCUCUUAAGGUUAAAGGCUCUUCAGAUGCUAAGGAGCAGAUUGAAAAAGCUCAUACACGAUCCCAGGAGUUGGAGAAGCAGGUGGAGAAACUGCAGUUUGAAUUGGAUCUCAAAACCAAGUUAAGAGAAGCUUUGGAAACUAGAUCAAAAGAAUUGGAGCAGAAGAUGCUUGAUAUAAAUCCAAAGCUUCAAGAACUUCAACAAACUAUUGAAGAACAAAAGACAAAGCUUAUAAAAACUGAACGUGCCCUUAAAGUUGCUGAGGAGGAACUUAUGAAGACUAAAAAUGAAGCAGCAGUGAAAAUCAGUGAAUUGACAAAGGCUCAUUCUUCAUGGCUACCACAUUGGCUUGCAGCUCAUUUGGCUUCAAGUCAGUUGUAUGCUGAGGCUAAUUGGAAUAAGCAUGGAAAACCUGCUCUUGACACUCUUUCACUGAAGGCUUUGGAGAAGAAGGGACAAGCUGAAAAGUGGGCUGAACCUCAUGUAGAAACAAUCAAAACCAAGUGGAUCCCUGCUGCAAAGGAACAAUGGGUGAUGGUGAUAACUACUGUUGAACCACAUGUGCAAUUAUUGACCAAAAAGACCAAAGAGGUUUAUAGUCAAUCAAAAGAGGUUGUAAUUCCUCAUGUCAUCAAAAUAAAGGAAACUGUUCACCCUCAUUUUCAGGUUGCAAAGAAGUUUUGCAAGCCAUAUGUUGACCAAAUUGCCCUUGCAACAAAGCCUCACCUUGAUAUAGCACGGGAAACAAUGAGGCCUUACACAAAUGAGGCAGUGAAGGUUUAUGCCAACUUUCUUGAAUCUGCAACUGUAUACCAUAAUCAGGUUCAAGGCACUGUUGAAGAAUCACUGAAAAAGCAUGAAAUUACAAAAUCUCUUGCAACUAAGGAAUUUAUAUGGUUUGCUGCAUCGGCUAUAUUGGCACUUCCAGUGAUCAUUUUGUUCAGAUUUUUAUCAGCAAUGUUUUUUGGAAAAGCUAAAAAGCCGAUUAGAAAUACCAAGCCAAGCCAUUCACGUCGCAAGGCCAAACGAGGACAUUCAGACAAAUAGUCAGACAGACAGACACACGGAGCCGAUUAGCUUAUUUUACAUCAAUUUUAGCUUUUUUGAGUUCAUCUGUGUUUUCAUCUUUGCGGACAUAGAAAGGAAAGGACGUCGUGGAGACCGAAAAAAAAAAUGAUGUUUAAGAAGUAGGUUAGUACGUACGUACGAACAUGUGUGUAUUACGGGUGUUUAUGUAGUUUUUUUCAUUUUUUUUUUGCUUGUAACUUAUUAUUAUAUUUAUUUCGGAUUCUUAUCAUUCGUGAUUGAUUUUGAUUUUCGGUGAUUA